UUUUAAAAUUCUAAUUGUUAUAUCAAAUAAUUUAUUUUAAAUUUUUAACUUCAAAAUUUACCAUCCAAUUUUUAAAACUUUAUUUUCACCUUCCAGUUUGCUGGAAGUUGGUCUCUCUCUCUCUCUCUCAUAUGUUGUUGUUGUUGAGAGGCAAUGAUGCCCAGGCGUCACGAUCUAAUACCCUUGUAUGCUUCACUCCUUGACUUGUGUUCAAACACCAAGAAUUUGAAAAAGCUCAAACAAAUCCACGCUCAAACCAUAACGCUCGGAAUUUCCCGCCACGACUUCAUUCGAGCCAAACUCGUCUCCUCCUACUCUGCCUCUUCCCAAAUGCUCGAAGCCUCCUUCAUUUUCUCUCUCACCAACCGCAAACCAACCUUCCUCUACAACUCCCUCAUCAGAGCCUUCUCUUCCCUCAAUCUCUUCUCUCACUCCCUCUCCAUUUUCCGCCAAUUGCUCUUUGCCUGCAAACCCAUUGACCGCCACACCUUGCCACCCGUUCUCAAGUCCUGUGCCGGCUUAUCCGCUCUUGGGAUCGGCCGCCAAGUUCACGGGGCGCUUCUCACAAAUGGGUUUGCCUCCGACGUUGCGAAUUCCAAUGCUUUGAUCGUAAUGUACUCUAAGAGUGGGGAUUUGGGUUGUGCCCGGAAGGUGUUUGAUGGAAUGCUUGAGAGGAAUUCAAUUACGUGGUCCACGGUGAUGGCAGGGUAUGGAAUGCAUGGGUAUUUUGGAGAGGUGUUUGUGUUGUUUGACCGGAUGUUGAAUGCCGGUGUAUUGCCUGAUGGAGUGACUUUUACAGUGGUUUUGACAGCGUGUAGUCAUGGUGGUUUGACGGAUAAGGGGAGGGAGUAUUUUGAGAUGAUGGAGAGGAGGUUUGGAAUGAGGCCAGGGUUGGAGCAUUACACUUGUAUGGUGGAUAUGUUGGGGAGGGCGGGGCAUGUUGAGGAAGCUGAAGCGUUGAUUGUGGGAAUGGAGGUGGAGCCUGAUGAGGCUUUGUGGGGUGCAUUGUUAGGAGCUUGUAAGAUUCAUGGGAAGUCGGAGGUAGCUGAGAGAGUUGCUGAGAAGAUCUAUGGGUAUAAGUUGGCUUCGUAGGUCAUUGUCUUACAAAAUGCUAACGUGGUAUUGCAGAUCAGUGUCCAGUUCAAGUUUAUUGUUGCUCAAGCAGUAUUUGUUUCAUGGGGACAUUAUUUGCAUUGCUGAAGUUGCAAUCAGAAUUGGAAAUUCAUUACAUCAAAGAACCAAUUUGAUAGCAGAAUUAAAACCUUGAGGUUUAUUAUGAUCAUUUGAAUCUGACUCGCAAAUAUUUUGGCAGCUCAUUCCUUUUGUCAAAGAACCUGGCAGUGCUGAAACGUGGAAACUUUACAAAGUGGGAUAACCGUGAAGGAAGAAUUUUUCAAUGCUCCCUUGAUUUCACUAUUAUUUUUGCACCUCUCAUUCUUUGUUUCAAAUUAUUGCUGGUGCUGAGAAGUAUAAAACCUACGAAGGUGUGCUAAUCACCAGGAAGGAAGGAUUCUUCAGUAAUUUUUUUAUUGCACUGAGAAACUUCGAUGCAAACUGAAAUUCUUUGCAUUGAGAAGGGGGUAUAGGUGAGUACUUAAUGGUCAGUGACAUGUCCAAGCUGAGGUCAGAUGGAAAAUGAAUUAAACUGGCAAAGAAAGUAUCAGAACUAUUGGGUUGGGGCAGGUUCAGAUGAUGUUUUCUACUUAAAUUCACCAUGCUUAAAAAAUGGUUUACUUAAGGUUAAUUAUUCAUUUUCUUUAAAUAAUGGUUUGUUAUUGGUGUUAGUGGUGCAUUGGAAAUUGCACUAAAUUUGGAUGAUGAAGACCCACAUUUCUUGAAGGCCAAAAGAAAUUAUUUACAUAAGACUUUUUUUUUUUUUUUUCUCCCUCUCUGAAUCAAAGCUCUUUUAGGUGUAUUUUUUUGAUGUGAAAAUAUUUUCGUUCCAGCUAAUGAGAUUCAGUGGGAUAAUCUAGCUUCAAUCUUUAUAUUGAAGAAAUGAGGAAAGAGUUGUGUAAUUAUCUUAGGAUUCUUCUAGCAUUCUUUUGACGCAAUUGACUGUCUUUUGUAAUAUUCUUUACAUUUGAUGCCUUUGAUAAUUGGAUGUAGAGUGCUGGACCAUAUGACUGGUAAA